AUGAAUACUGGAAAAUCUGAUGAGGAUGAUGAUGAUUAUGAUUAUCAUUCACCUCCAGCUGUAACAUCAUCAGAUUCACGUCCUGACACUCCCAAUUAUUCUCAAAAUAGACAAGGAAAUAGAAACAAUCAUAUGUGUCAAGACAAUCGUGAUACACUUAUUAAUGAGGAUAUAAAAAGCAAUGAAUAUUUAUCUGCAUCAAUAUCUCCAAAGUCAACAAAACAACCACCAAUUGUUCCUCCACCUUUUGCAUCUUCUCUUCCAGUGCGUCAUCAUAGUAAUAGUGACAGUUCAUUAAAAAACAAUAUCAAUGGAAAAGAUCAUAAACAAAGUAAUCAACCACCUGAACUACCACCUAAAACAGCACGAGUCAUAGCUGCAGCUGGCAAAUCAUCAUCGUCUAAUAAGACUAUUAAAAGCCCAACGACUAAUACAAAUUAUCGUCCUCCUGCAACACCUACAUCAAAAGAUGUAAGCCCAUCAAAUGAAUUACAACCAGUGCAUCGACAAAAGUCAAAAAGUAAUAGGCGAAAAAUGACAGAAGAAGAAGCAAUAAAAGAACUUGAACCGAUAGCUGGAAAAGAUGAUCCAAUAUCAAGAUUUAUUAUUAAAUAUUUGUUUUAUCUUAUUAACAGAGCAGCAGGUGAUGUUGAUUUAGCCAUUGAUACAAAAACAAAUACAAAGAUAGCUAUAAAACGAAUGCUUUGGUCAAAACAACCAAGAAAAGAAUUAAUUGUUGGUGAAAUUCUUGUCAUGAAAAAUUGUCGAUUUCGUUCAAUAGUUAAUUUUCUUGAUUGUUAUUUAAGACCAAAUGAAUUAUGGAUUGUAAUGGAAUAUAUGAAUGGUGGACAAUUAACACAAAUGGUUGAACAAACAGUUCUUGAUGAAGGUCAAAUGGCAGCUGUUACAAAAGAAUGUCUUGAAGCAUUACAAUUUCUUCAUAGUAAAAAUAUUAUUCAUCGCGAUGUUAAAUCAGACAAUGUACUUGUUGGUUUCGAUGGUUCAAUAAAAUUAACGGAUUUUGGCUUUUGUGCUCAAUUAGCAAGUACAGACAGUUUACGAACAACAAUGGUCGGUACUCCUUAUUGGAUGUCACCAGAGGUGAUUAAAAAACUCAAAUAUGAUCGAAAAGUUGAUAUUUGGUCACUAGGUAUUCUAGUGAUUGAAAUGAUUGACGGUUCACCACCGUAUAUAAAUGAACAACCUUUUCGUGCUAUGUGCAAAAUAGCCAUGCAAGAAGAACCUCCAUCAAUUAGUGCUGAAUCUCAAGCACGCAUAUCAAGUGACGCAAUGAAUUUUCUAAAGCAUUGUCUACAAAUUGAUCCUAAACAACGGGCUGAUACAGCUGAACUUCUUGAACAUCCAUUUAUUAAACAUGCUAAACCAUUAAAAUCACUUUGUCCAAACAUAAAAGCUGUUUGCAACAAUGAUAUGUUGAAUUUCAAUUGGAAUUCAAUUGAUGAAUCUUCAUUUCAAGGUCAUCUAAACAAAUAUACAAAUGCAUUUAAAGGAUAUCAAAGCAGAUAUUUUGUACUAGAUGCACAAGCAAAACAUUUGCUAUAUUUUAUGCCAGAUGAAGUUCGAAAGAAAGGCCCAAGAGGUGUAAUUGAAUUAACAGAUUGUUGGAUAUCACCAUCGAACGAGGAUGAUGUUACUUUCGCUGUACAAACUGGAAGUGGAGAUGCUUAUAAAUUACGAGCAUUUGAUGCUAAAGAAAGACAAAAAUGGAUAGAUAAAUUAAGAACAUGUUCAGGAUCGAAUGCAGCUAAUCUUUAUGUUUCAUCUUUACCAAUAUCAAAAACGCAUCAAACAAAUACAUCAACAACAACAUCAACUAGUUUACCCAAUGAGUCAAAUAUUCGUUCUUCGACUCAAAGAAAUUCCAAAUCAUAUGAAAAUCAACACACACUUAAAGAACUUAAAGAAGUCAUACGUUGUGUUGAAGUCAAUCAACGAGAAUUUGUUGAAACAAUUUAUACAUUGCCUGAUGAUAUUCCUUUGAAUUCAAUGGCUAAAAAUAUGUUACUUCUUCGUUCCAUAUCUCAAUCAUGCAUAGGCUCAUUACAGGAUAGCUUAACAAUACUUACUAGAAGAAGAACGCCUGAGAAUGAAAUACUUACUACGUCUGUACCAUCAACUCCAUUACUGCAAUCAUCAAUAUCAAUAACAAAUACUUCUAAUAAGCAAUUGACUCAAUCUUCUAAUAAUAGUACUAGUGGAAAAUCAAGUUCACCUGGUGGUGUAUCAUCACAAUCAAAUCCAUUUGCUGUACAGACCAGAACUUUAAGAGUGACUCCCAAAAUUAUUCGAUUACGUUUAUUUUCAUUUUUUUUCGCUGCCGUAAGAACUAUCAAUAAUCCAAAUAGUAAUUUUAGUAGAGCUUUUCAUUUACAAGAAGAAAAGUAUUAUAGUUUUUAG